UCGGACGUGAUAUUUGAAAGUUGUUGGUAUUUUCCGAGUUGGAUGAUCAAUCUUUGAAAACAUCAGGCUCUUUCAACCAUGUCGUCCAGAUUAGGAGGUAGGUCCUCUCCCAUCUCCCCUGUCCUGUUCCUGACGGUAGACGGUGAACCCAUGCGAUUCUUCCUGCGUCCCGGCCCCACCAAGGUUCACCUGCAGCCCAUCAUCAAGGCAGGCGGAGGCCUGGUGUGCAGGGCCCAGGAGCCUGGGGCUUUCCUACUGAUAGACCCAGAGGAGAUGGGGUCCGUUGCGGGUUCGGCAGCCCACUGGUACGUGUCCACCCAGUACAUCCGGGACUGUAUGGAGAAGAAUCAGCAGCUGGAGGUGGAGGAUUACCGCUUCAAGCCUGACAACGUAAAGGUGAGCGUCCAGACCAGGUCAGAGAAACAGAGCGAAGGUAACAGGGGACGCAUGUGCUACACUCUGAAAGAGGAUAAGGCCAUUAUGACGUACAUCUGUGAGCACAAGCGUGAGUCGCGUGGGAACAGGGUAUGGCAGGAGAUGGCGAAGAAGGGUCUGACCUGUCACAGCUGGCAGUCGAUGAGGGACCGUUACCUUAAACAGCUCAUUCACAGACAACCUGAGCCUCGGGACAGCAGGGGAAGGAACAAAACUGUCGCUACUGCUGCUUCGGAGGAGAACGGAGGGAACUCGUCUGAGAAAGAGAGAGAGAAAGACAUCCCAAUACAGACCUCCUCACUUCAGAAAGACUCUCCACAGCCUGAUAUUAUUACGCCGUUGGCCCAAGAGUCAGACGCCUCAAAGACUUCCUCUGAAUCCCAACUCCCUCAGGCAUCAUCAUCAUCAUCAUCAGACACUGGUCUCCAACUCCCACAGAUGUCCCCUCAGAAAGACCAGGCUCAGUGCUGUCCUGAAGGACCGGGAACAGAGGAAUCAACUGUGGAACCAGAGAGAGAUCUCUCGCCCCAGCUAGAGCCACCAGCAGACCCUGCCCAGUCUGACACUACAACACCACAGCGGGUCCCUUCUAAGAGACUCCACCAGCCCUCUCCUCCUGGGGGCAAACACACACAUCCCCAGACUGAGGAGGCAGCAGCCAUCCCGUCACUUAAAAGAGCCAGGUUAAAUAGUGGAGCAGUGACGGAGGUCCUGGCGAAAAAGGAUUCAGCUGUUACGUCAGGAGAGAAGGCAACAACUUCCAACAUGACAGAGGGGCAGCUGGGAAAGAAAAAGGCCAACAAGCGAAAACUGGGCAUCCUCGAGAGUGCAGUUAGAGAAUUCGAGGGGUCAGAUGAGUCAGGGGAUGAGGAUGAUGAUGAAACUCCAGACCUGGCUGAGAUUGCUGGCCCUCCCCCUGCACCAGUCCCAGGACCAGGCCGGGAGACUCAGACACCAGUAGCUGCCCCCCAGACAGAGAAUAUUUCUGCUCAGAUACAGCCCCAGCCUGCUGCCCAAGAGAAGAGCUCAGAGACCCAGCCUGAGGGCCAACUACCUGAUGCCAGUGGUCCCGCAAUGAGUGGAUCGGCCCCAAAUGCACCUGCAACGAGUAUCCAUGUCCCGAAAGACCCUGCUAUCCCGUCCACUUCUACAGUUCCUCACCUGUUCCUGUUUGAGCGUGACUCCCAGCAGGCGGAGGAAGAGGAGCCUUCCCAGCCCUUCACCCAACUCCAGCUCCAGGAGGCCAAGCAGCUGGUUCUCAGCCUGAUGAGGGAAUCCAAACUGGGGCUGGUCGCUGUCACCAAGGCACUCCUGAAAAACAGUGGAGAUGUCUCCGCUGCCCUGAGAGACCCACUGAUGAUGCCUAACGUAGGGGACGGAGUUCGGCAGGGCCCUCGAUGGGAACGUCAUGACGACCGCCUGUUGCUGUCAGCUGAUCCUUCGGAACUCCAGAAAAAGUUUGGGGAAGAGGGCGUGGCCAAGAGGAUGGCGUUCCUCGAUGCAGAGUGACAUUGGGGGUUCAAUAGUAUGCGACGUUGUGUUGUUCAGAACAAACCAUCGCACGUUUCCACCCCCCAAAAAAAUGAUACGCACCGUUCUUCAACAUUCUUUGAGGUAUGAUUGCUCCCGUUUGGUCGGUGUGGCCUGAUCAAUAUGGGUCCGGCAUUACCAUUUUAAAAUCGCAAAAUUUCAUGCAGCCAGCAGCACAAUAAACAAUCGCACCUCUGGGCUAACAAUAAUUACAAUGUUGUUUCCUACUGAACGCGUUCCUGUGUUGUAUUAACCAAAUAGAUAAAAACAGGAAGGACUACCUUAGCCCUUGAUCAUGACUGGCAGUUCAAUUCUAUUAUAAAAUAAGAGUCCUUGGACGAAGGCGUCUUCUGUACGGGAGAGUUUUGUUAAGAGUCCCGACGCUCGGUCUGAACAUUUAACACGCAUCGUUUUGCAGUACGGUUUUGGAAGCAUAAGGACUUUAUCUUUCAUAUCAGCAAGAAGGCUAAAUUGAUACACACCUUUUAUAGGGUUAAGGUUCCCACAUACGCCGUGUUUCCAUGUUACAGCACUAGUUUAGGGAAAACAUACGAAGACAGUGGACUACCUGUGCUAAUUAGAUAUCUUCAUCUCCUGUGUGUAAACGAUGGACGCCACAAACGUGUCGUCACUAUAAAAUAUGGCCGGAUGCAACUGUGUUAAAACAGUGUACUGUAAAAGUGUGUAUUUUUGAAAUUGUGAAAUUAUUUUUGACGUGAUAUGAAAGUAGAGGGAUCUAUUUUUCUAGAACCGUACUGCAAUUCAGAAUCGAUUCAGGUUUAGACGGGAGUAUUUGGCUGUUUUGGCUUCCACAGCCACUUCACCUUUAAACAGAACAUGUGAGGUCCUUGGACUAAGGAGUAACGUUAUAGCUCAUUAUAGUCAGUCCAUUAUUGGGCUAGGAAAUGCCAUGUAAGAUAGCACAUUUUAACUUGUAAUAUUUUAACUUUUGUAAUGUGUCUGUUUGGAAUUCAAAAUGUGCUAUUUUUUUGCAAUAGUAAACAAUAGUAAACAUGCAAUAGUAAACAUGCUACAUAUGUGAAAUAUACUGUAUGCAUAUGAUGAUUUGUGACAAUCUGCCAUUGUAAUAAAAUAACUGAUGUAA